UGUAAUAAAGAUAUUUUCUGCAUUCCCAUCAGGAUUCUGAGACAGCCUUCAUUAAAGAGAGAGAAGUUUUCUCCGUGAGAGAGGCAGCAGUGAGCUACAAAGGAAUCUGAGACAUCGGCUCCAUUCAACCUGCUUGCAUCAGACUGGCUCAAGACAUGAAGCCGCUUUUUUUGACAUUCAUUUUUUUAGCAUUUGCAACUCAGACUGCAUAUGCCGUUUCAGAUUCAGAUGAAUCUCUGGUUGACCCAUUCAUUCAAAGUGCUCUCCAGGAAGCCAAGAAAAUGGUGGAUGAAGCCUACAAAUAUUCAAGAGAUGUAGAUCUUUUAAAAGUCAAGAAAAAAGAGUUAACACCAUAUGAGCUGCUCUGUUUUUCAAUGAGGCCAAUGGAAGAGACCAGAACUGCAAUACGUGCAGCUGAGUACAUGGAGGCCACCCUUGAUAUAAUCCGGCAGAACAUGAGCAGGAUCCACAAACGCUCAUUGGGUGCUACAGAUCAUUUGUCACCUGAAGAUCUGGAGGCGAUUGCUCGAGUCACUGGCUGUGCUGCCCAAAUUGCACUGCCGUCAUGCAACACAAUUCCCUUCGUAGACCAAUACAGGACCAUCUCCGGUGUGUGCAAUAACAAGACAAACAGUCGGCUUGGUGCUUCAAACACCCCUUUUUCACAGUUGCUGCCUGCCCAAUAUGAAGAUGGCAUCUCCAGUCCACGCGGUUGGACUUCAGCAGUCAAGUACUCAGGCUUCAUCCUUCCUUUGGUUCGUGAAGUCUCCAAUAAAAUUUUACAUACUGCAAAUGAAGACUUGCCUCAAGAUAACUUAUACUCAUCCAUGCUGGCACUGUUUGGGCAAUGGAUAGGACUUGACUUGAGCAACACCGCCAUGUCUCGAAGCAUUCGGUCCUUCAGCGAGGGAAUUGACUGCAGCACGUCCUGUCAGCAGGCUGAACCCUGCUUCCCUAUUGAG